AUGAGGCCUUCAAUGGUCAUUGUUUGCGCUAUCGCCCUGGCGAUCGCCGUCGGGGGCGAAAUCCGGAUACGGGGCAAAGUGAAAAAAAGGCACACCGCUCACAGGAGACACCGGGCGGUUCUGCCGCCGUGCAACUUUAACGACACCAUUAUCGAGGACGAGUGGUCGCUGAUGGAAGCGAUAGGCGGUUCCAAGUUUAUUUUCACCGCGAAGGUUUUGAACGUGAAGAAGCUUAGAACGGGCGGUGUGUCGCGCGGCCGGAAGUCCAAUCUGUACACGUUGCGUUUGCGGAGGGUGCUCAAGGGGGAUUUGGACGAGUUCAGGGCGUUCGUCAAGUUCGACGGGGAAGCAGAGGAGACGCUAGGGGGUUCGGUUUUGACGGUGGAGAAGCCGAGAGCUUCGGAAGCCUGUGCACCGGCGCCACGGCCACGUCUAUCGGCGAUAUUCUUGAGCGACGGCGCAUUCGUUGGGCCCCUGAAAGAGCCGACGCCCCGCUUGCGACUGCUAACGGAUCCGAUACCGCUGACGCUGUAUCAUUUGGACAGAAUCAACGCCGCGGUGAAAGGUAAGCUGAAA